AUGUUGCAGGAGGAAAUCGAAAUGCCAGGACCGGCUGGCGUACCGCAACGCAAAAUGACGUAUUUUGUGCCGAAGAGCGACAAUUCGAACGAACAGGUUCGAGUGCCCAAUGUCAUAGCGUUGGUUGGUUUGCCGGCGCGUGGAAAGACGUAUAUCUCGCAUAAAUUGUGUCGGUAUCUCAAUUGGAUUGGCAUUAAGACUAAAGCCUUCAACGUUGGUGAAUACAGAAGAAGAGCGUGUAAUCUCGAAGAGGAGGGAGAGAACGAGUUUUUCUCACCAAACAAUGCAAGAGGACAGAAGAUUCGAGAUGAAUGCGCACGAUUGGCCAUCGAGGAUAUGGGAAAGUAUUUGGACAAUAAGGAGGGAGAAGUGGCGAUUCUCGACGCGACGAAUACGACGAGAGACCGUCGGAAGUUGUUGAUGGAAUUCUGUAAGAAUCUGAUGCACGAACCGCCGUUCCGCGUGUUUUUCGUCGAAUCCGUGUGCGAUGAUCCGGUGAUUAUCAACUCGAAUAUUACGGAAGUGAAAAUCAACUCACCGGAUUACAAAGGCAUCAUGUCACAAGAGGAAGCGAAAGAGGACUUUUUGAAACGUAUCGAAAACUACCGUAUGCAAUAUGAGCCACUCGACGAGGAGUACGACGAAGAGCUCAGCUACAUUAAAGUGAUCAAUGCGGGCAAAUCGUUCUACGUUCAUAAUGUGAAUGGACACGUUCAGAGUCGUGUUGUCUAUUUUCUUAUGAAUAUUCAUUUGCUCCCCAGAAGUAUCUACUUGUCGAGACACGGCGAGAGUGAAUACAACCAAAUCGGUCGCCUCGGCGGUGACUCUCCACUCAGUGCGAACGGUUUGAAAUACGCGGGAAAACUGCGUGAAUACUUUGAGAACGAGGAUUUGGACGACUUCCGUGUCUGGUCAUCCCAAAAGAUUCGUGCCGCCCAAACGGCCGCCCAUCUCAAAGAUUUGGCGGGUCACACGGAAUUCUGGAAGUGUCUUGACGAAAUCGACGCGGGAAUAUGUGAGGGUUUGACGUAUGAAGAUUUCGAGUCUCGUUACCCGAAACAAUUCGCUGAGAGGGAUAAGGACAAGUACCACUAUCGGUACCCCAGCGGGGAGUCUUAUGAGGAUUUGGUGGCUCGUUUGGAGCCGGUUAUCAUGGAGCUCGAGCGACAAUCCAAUGUGCUCGUCAUCUCUCAUCAAGCGGUGCUCCGAUGCAUUCUCGCCUAUUUUACCAAUAAGAAUCGCGACGAUUUGCCAUAUUUGAAGGUCCCACUGCACACCGUUAUCAAGUUGACACCGAAAGCGUAUUCGUGUGAAGUGGAACUCUUCAAAUUCGACAUUAACGCUGUCGACACGUAUAGAGAGAAGCCGAAGUAA